GGAAGCACAGGCAGAGGCGGAUGCUGAGGUGGAUGUGGAGGGGAAGGCUGGUGGCGGGGAGGGCUGUAGGAGGGUUGGUGAUAGGGCUUCAGUUUCUUCGUACCCGGGGCCGGUGGGAAGGGCGGGUACGGCAGUGCCUGCAGUAGUGGAUACCGAGCUGACCAGCGCUCACUGUAGGGGGGGUUAUGUAACAACAGCGGCAGCGGGGCCAGCGGAGGAGGCGGCAGUGGUGGUUGUGGACCCGUGUGGCGGCGCUGGUGACGGCGCCGGUAGCUCCAACGCUGGAGACGGCAGCGGCACAGCGUUUCUGAGUGCGAGUGGGGUUGCUGCCGCGGCUGCUGCUGCUGCUGCAGGGUCGCACUCCUCGACUUCCGCCUCCUCCUGCUCCUCCUCCUCCUCCGUUGGGUCCUCUCCCGCUCUUGUGUUGAGCGGCUUGCUGGUGCACUCGGCGGCGGACGGCUUAGCGAUGGGCGCAGCCAGCCUGCAGGGCGGAAGUGGCGGCAGCAGCAGCGGCAGCACGCUGACGUUGACGCUAGCUGCCGCCGUGAUGGCACACAAGCUGCCGGUGGCGCUCGGUCUGAGCAGCUACCUGCGGGGCGCGGGCUGGGGCAGUGGCCGG